AUGGCGAGGGGCGGCCGCCGCGCUCAGCCCGGGCUCCGCAUGGCCCCGCCGCCGCCGCCCCCCGCCCGCCCCCCGCGCACCCCCGCGACCGCGCCCCGCCCCCCGCGCACCGCCCGCGCACCGCGACCGAACCCGCGCACCCUGCACCGCCCCCCGCGCACCGCCCGCGCACCGCGACCGAACCCGCGCACCCUGCACCGCCCCCCGCGCACCGCCCGCGCACCGCGCACGGCUCACCCCGCACCGAGCCCGGGCACCCCGCACCGAGCCCGGGCACCCCGCACCGAGCACCGCUCACCCCGCACCGAGCACCGCUCACCCCACACCGAGCCCGGGCACCCCGCACCGAGCUCGACUCACCCCGCACCGCUCACCCCGCACCGAACCCGGGCACCCCGCACCGCUCACCCCGCACCGAGCCCGGGCACCCCGCACCGAGCCCGGGCACCCCGCACCGAGCUCGACUCACCCCGCACCGCUCACCCCGCACGGCUCACCCCGCACCGAGCCCGGGCACUCCGCACCGAGCACCGCUCACCCCGCACCGAGCUCGGGCACCGGGCAGCGCCUCCUGCCUGCCCCGGGCACCGGCUCCUGCGGACUCCGGCUCGCAUGCACACUUAG